CCCGCCUGCUCGCCGCCACGACCGCACCAUGUCCUCCCUCCACUGUCCACCCCACGGCCGUGACUCGAGCUGCCAGCCGUUUAUAUGCACCUGCGCGCCCCGCACGCCAGCGACUGCGUCCAAGAAGCGCACCCCGCCCCCGCCCGCCCAGCGCCCACCCACCACCGCCGCCAGAUGCCGACACCUCGCCACCAUGCGCCGCCGCUCGCCGCGCUCACUCUGCUGCUGAUGCUGCUCGCCGGGCCCGCCGCGGCGCAGCCGCCGUCGCGGGACAGGGACAACGGCGGCGGCGGGUACGGCAUGCCGAACCAGCCGACGGGCUUCAGCACGCCCAUGGUCGUGCUCCUGGUGGCGCUCAUCGCGGCCUUCUUCUUCAUCGGCUUCUUCUCCGUGUACAUCCGCCGGUGCGGGCGGGGCGCCUCCGCCUCGGGCGGGCCGGCCAUCCCGGCCGCCGCGCUGCUCGCGCUGUCGCGGCAGGAGCAGCGGGACCAGCAGCAGCAGCAGCGCGGGCUCGACCCCGCCGUGCUCGCGUCGUUCCCGACGAUGAGGUACGCGGAGGCCAAGGAGCUCCGGGUGGGCGGCAAGGACGCCGCGCUCGAGUGCGCCGUCUGCCUCAGCGAGUUCGCCGGCGGCGAGGAGCUCCGGCUGCUGCCCCCGUGCAGCCACGCCUUCCACACGGACUGCAUCGGGGAGUGGCUCGCCGGCCACGUCACCUGCCCCGUCUGCCGCUGCAACCUCGACCCCGACCAGGAGCUCGCCGCGGCCGAGGACGAGGUGGUCGCGGAGCAGGAGGCCGCGGAUCAGGUGGCCAUCGGCGUGGCCCGCGAGGGCGCCGAGGACGAGGAGGAGACGAGGAGGGAGGAGGCCAUGGAGCUGGAGCGGAUCGGGAGCCAGCGCCGCGCGGUGCGGUCGCGGUCGGGGCGGCUCGUCCCGCGGUCGCACUCCACGGGCCACUCCCUCGCGACGCGCCUCGACGGCGACCUCGAGCGGUUCACGCUGCGGCUGCCGGAGCACGUGCGCAGGGAGAUGGUCGCCGCGGGCGAGGAGAGCCUGCGCCGAACGGGGCCCCGCCGCGCCGGCGCCCGGAGCGCGCGGCUCGGGCGGUCGGACCGGUGGCCGUCGUUCAUCACGCGGACGUUCUCGUCGAGGGUCCCGUUCUGGUCCGCUUCGCGGAGGGCGGCGCCCGGCGCGGAGGCGGCCGUGGCAGCAGCGGCGGGGACGGAGGCGUCCGCGGCGACGGCGAGGACCAAGCGCGAGAAGACGGCCACCGCGGCGGACGGCGGCGCCGUGACCCCGCCCAAGGGGAGCGUCCGCUUCGACUGCCUCGGCGGCGGCGGCGCCGCCGUCUCGGGCGCGAGGGUCGGCGCCGCGGCCGGCGACAGCGAGACCGAGGACGACGACGAGGAGAAGGCCAUCGCCCGGCACGCCUGACUCUGAGCGGCAGCGCCGACGAGCGCGGGAAUCGCGCCACCACGUAUCGCCACGUGCUCGUCCACAACUUCGUUCGGCGGCGCACGGCACAACUGGUAGUAGUGGUAGCGUAUCAACGUGCGGCGAGACGACCGUGGCCAUGUGAUCCGCGAGACGAAGCUGCUCGCGCGCGAAUGGGAACGCGCAGCUGACGCGAGGAUUCCGUCCCGUUGGAAACGGUGCUCCCUUCUCCCGUUUUCCUCUUCUGCGUGCAAGUAGUCCUUGUUUAGAAAAAGAGAGAGAGAGAGAGAGAGAGGAUAAUUCUUGAUUCAAUUUUUUCGUUGCCGUUGAAAAAAAUGGAGCGAAGCCGUUGUAAGAUAGUGGUAGGUGCUGAAGUUGGGCUUGUUAAAAGCACUGUGAAAAUAUUUCAAUAGAUUCAAAAUGUUUACUACGAAGUUAGUAUUGACUAA